GAAAUUCAUUACAGGAUGGCAGUGAGUUUGAUGCCAACGCUGCCAAUCCUCUUUAGCAGCCCCUCCUUCACAUCUGCCAUCGCAACGGGUGGAAACUACUCUUCUCGUCUCCCUCUCCAAGCAUCGCCUCUCCCCUGCAUCCCCCAUGUCCAAGCAUCACCUGCGGCAGCGAAAGCUACACCACCCUCUAGUAUUGAACACGAAACAGUAGAUGAGAACUAUGAUGGCGCUGCUCCGAAGAUGUUAUCAAGCUAUGAGCCCUUUCUGUGGGAUGUUUUCGAUAAAUUUAAAAAUGAAGAUGGGAGCUUUAGGGAAGAUAUUACUAAUGACCCGAAGGGACUUUUAUGUCUAUACAACGCAGCUCAUCUUCUCAUUCAUGGUGAGCCAUCACUGGAAGAAGCUAUCUCUUUUGCAAGGCAUCAUCUUAAAUUGAUGAGGGACACUCUCAAUUCCCCUUUAGCCGAGCAAGUCAAAUGUGCCCUUCACAUGCCAUUGUCAAGGACGUUUAAGAGGAUGGAAACACUGCGUUAUAUCUCUGAGUAUAAGCACGAGGAAGGACAUAACCCAACUCUAUUGGAGCUAGCGAAGCUGGAUUUUAACCUUCUACAACAUGUCCACUUGAAGGAACUCAAAUAUCUCACUAAGUGGUGGCGCGAUCUUUACGGAUAUGUCGGGCUAAACUAUGCUCGGGACCGUCUAGUCGAGGGUUACAUUUGGUGUUAUGCGGUAUACCAUGAGAAAGAUUUUGCAUUGUCCAGAAUAUUUCUUACCAAGCAAUUGAUGCUUAUUUCCCUGAUGGAUGACACAUAUGAUUCCCAUGCCACCAUAGAGGAAUGUCGAUUGCUAAAUGCGGCCAUACAAAGAUGGGAUGAGAGUGCCACUUCUCUUCUACCCAACUACCUUCAAAGAUUCUAUAUUGAAUUGUUGAGGAUAUUUAAAAAAUAUAAGCGUGAAGUGGUCAUUCGUGACACCUACCAUGUUGCCUAUGCCCAGAAAGCGUUUCAAGAUCUAUCAGCUUAUUAUCUCCGAGAAGCUGAAUGGUUACACGAGAAUCACAAGCCAAGCUUCAAAGAUCACAUGAGUUUAUCUGCCAUGUCCAUAGGAUCACUAGCAUUAUGUAUAGGUUUGAUGGUUGGCAUGGGUGAUCUAGUGACGAGGGAAUCAUUUGAGUGGGCAGCUGGUUACCCUAAUGUCGCCAUAUCAUGCGGGAAGAUAGCACGUCUAAUGGAUGACAUUGCUGCAUUUAAAGGCGGGAAGGCCAAGGGAGAUAUGGCAACCUCUAUAGAGUGUUACAUGGUUGAGCAUAGGGUCACAAGUGUGGUUGCCCUUUCCAAGAUCCUUUCACUGCUAGAAGAUGAAUGGAAAACUCUAAAUCAAGCUCUCUUUCAACAUCACGCACAGCUCCCGGUGGUGCGGAGGAUUAUUAAGUUUGCUAAUAGCAUGCCAUUAUUCUAUGCUGAGAAAGAUGCAUAUACCUUCAACAUCCAUCUUAAGGAUACCGUUGAGAGCCUUUUUGUUGAAACCAUUCCCAUGUAGGCU